AUGAAAAGCAGGAGCGAGGUGGGAGUGUUAUUAUUGGCACUAACACUACUAUUGUCCCUCUAUCACCCAACUCAUUCCUUUACUUAUAAUCCCACCGCUGAUGAUGCCGGCACGGCGGUGCUGGACGCCGACGGAGACCCCUUGAAGCCCAACACACUUUACAACAUAACCACCGAUUACGGAGAAGUGAUACUUGGUCAUGAGUAUCCGCCUCUGAAUUGCCCAUACGAGGUAUUGGUCACAUCCAACCCACCGGAUAACGGCAAAUCCGUUAAGUUUUUUCCUGAGGACGCCACCGCCACCGCCACCUCCAUCUUGGAGUCCACUCGCCUGGCCAUCAGAUUCUCCUCUUCCACGCUGCCGCCCGAGUGUGCAGAUAGGACACAUUGGGACAUUUCUGGCGGCUAUGUUCCUUCUUUUGUCAUGACUCACCCCAGCUUCUCCUACAACUUCAUGUUUAAGAAGGCUCCCGACACCACCACAGUUGAGGAUCGCCGUUACCGAAUUGGUUACUGUCCCUCCGUCUCCGGCAUGUGCUACACCAUUGGCACAAUCUGCACCCAAUCCGGGUGCCCCCGUGGGAUUGCGCAUUUGGCUAUUAGUUAUUCUCCUAUAACUGUUCAGUUUCUCAAAACUAAUUAA